GGUAAUCCCGCGGGCGCGUCUACCUGGGAGAGAUCCGCCGCAGAGAAGAUGAGUUUCUCAUUUGGCGCAGCGCUCAAAAGUGGCUUUCAACACGCCGUGACGCGACAAUGGCAAUCCACAAACACCAGCCUGACUCCUCAUAACCUUAUCUACCCAUUAUUUAUAUCGGACGACCCUGAUGGCCUGGAGCAUAUUGCUAGUUUGCCUGGACAAGCUAGAGUUGGUAUCAACAAUUUGGAAAAAGUUGUAAAACCUUUGGUGGACAAGGGCUUAUCAAGUGUUCUAGUGUUUGGUGUCAUAUCGAAACUUGAGAAGGACGGUAAUGCAUCCAAUGCUGACUCUGAUUUGUGCCCUACAAUCCUUGGGAUAAAGAAACUGCAUUCACUUUUCCCAGAUCUAUUGAUAAUUUGUGAUGUUUGUCUUUGUCCAUUUACUGACCAUGGGCACUGUGGUAUUCUAAAUGCUGAUGGCUCUUUACACAAUGGACAGAGCAUCCAACGGCUGGCUCAGAUUGCACUGGCGUAUGCUAAGGCAGGAUGUCAUGUUGUGGCUCCAUCUGACAUGAUGGAUAACAGAGUUGCUGCCAUCAAGCAGAUCCUGGCGGCGAAUGGUUAUGGCAGCAAAGUGGCUGUUCUGAGUUAUAGUGCAAAGUUUGCCUCAAGCUUUUAUGGACCUUUCAGGGACGCUGCUAAGAGCGCCCCUGCAUUUGGUGAUCGUCGCUGUUAUCAGCUUCCCCCUGGAGCUAGAGGCCUAGCCAUGAGAGCUGUGGAUCGUGAUGUCCAGGAAGGAGCCGACAUGUUGAUGGUGAAACCAGGAAUGCCGUACCUGGAUAUCGUACGAGAUACAAAAAACAAGUAUCCAGACCUACCAUUGGCUAUAUACCAGGUCUCAGGGGAGUAUGCAAUGCUUCACCAUGGUGCUCAGGCGGGAGCAUUCAGCUUGAAGAACAUCGUGAUGGAAAGUUUGGUCAGCAUGAGGCGUGCAGGUGCUGACAUCAUCAUCACAUACUUUGUGCCUCAGCUUCUUGAUUGGUUACAAGAGUAAUAAUUCCAGAAUUGUAAUAAUUAAAAUUAGAAAUUAAUGAAAUAAGUAAAAUGUAACACAGAUCGCUAAGAGUGAUUAUCGACAUUUACAGACACCGUUAUCGCCGUUUUCAUGACUAUUUUUAUAGAUAUAAAAAAAUAUUUCCAUAUUUUGUAUUGUAAAAGGGAAUAAAAGGAUUAAUCACAGAAA